UUUUUUUUAAGGUUAAGAAAUGGCCGCCUUUUCUUUCCGAAGAUUGUCAAACGGUCAGCUCUUUACGGUAGACCAGAUUAAAUCGUAUGCAGAAAUCAAGCAUCAUCUUGCUUGUAUGAACAAUGUGACGAGUGACAGCAUUGACAUUGUGAGGGGCCCUUUUAUCGUAGAGACCAAAGAGGAAAUGACGUCACAAAGUGAGAUGGCGCUGAUCAUACACCCCAAGGAAAGACCAAUAUGUGCCCUUUCUGGAAGUACGGCACCAGACAUGUUCGAGGGUUAUAUGGCGGACGGAGCACGCGUCAAAAUGGCCUGUGGUCACGCCGUCACACCAGACAAUCUUUACCGCUUCUGUCUGACGUCACUCAAGGAUAGUAACGCAACAUUCAGAUGUAAGAUAUGCCUCACGACAUGGACGUUUGAGGAAAUCACGAACAAGGCUGCUUUGUCUGAUGAUGAAAGGAUCUUCUUCAAACAACGAAUUGAUCAGAUCGCACGCAUCACGACUCUUGGCAUAAAGCCUAUUGACAAAGGAGCUACGAAUGACUUAUUACGAAACUGCGGAAAAGUGACCAUGGGUUACAGCAAUAUUCCAAACGUUCCAAGCAUACGCGCAUGCCCUAAGUGCUUCCAGUUCAUAGAGCAUCUGAAGGGAUGUAAAACUAUGACAUGUUCCUGUGGUAACGUGUUCUGUUUUAGCUGUCUAAAGGUAGGAGUAGGAAAUUCACUGGCGUGUGGUUCGUAUGGAACUGGAUGUCCCGUCGCCCCUGUCCAGCAGAUUGGGUAAACAGCUCAUGACAUCGUGAUGCGUAUUGUUGUCUUUUCAAAGUGCAAUAGUGCAGGUAAUACGAUGCCAUUCAGACUAACAUCCAUCGAUGUCUGUCAGCAUUGUCUUAUCGUAAUUAGAUGCCAAUUCUGUCCAGAUUUGUUAUACUUCAUAAAGUACUCCUCACAACUGCUGACCAGUCCGUAAUUACAUACCACUUUGACCAGCAUUAGGACGGAUGAAAGUUUUACCUGACACACUUUCCUCGUAUAUGAUGCUGACCACAAUGCCGCAAAGCCUGCCAGUUUUCCCGUUACGCGACCGCGAGAUUCCUUUGAUGUACACUAGUCUUCUUGUCUCAU